UGUCCUGAAAGGUUCCAACAUCACUGAGCUGAAAGUGUUGAUCACGUGACCACGUGGUCUCUGGUGCUGUAUAUAAAAGGUGCAGGAUCAUCAUCAUCAUCAUCAUCAUCACCACACCGAGCUGCGCGCUGCGUCCGGACACACACACACACACACACACAAACACAGAGGCAUCACGCGCUUACAGGACGCACGCACCAGCCCGAGGACCUUCUGCAAGCAGGCGAGCUAACAUAAGAGACUUUGCUGAUCCCAGCGACUAGUGCAGAGCCAUGAAUUUCGUAAUGAAAGCAGCGUUGGGAGGUGGCCCUCCUGAUGUGGGGAAGAUGCUGGGAGGAGAGGAAGACAAAGACCCCGAGGCAGAGAAAGAAAAAGAGGAGGAGCGACAGGAGGCUCUGAGGCAGGAGGAGGAGGAGAGGAAGGCCAAGUACGCCAAGAUGGAGGCUGAGAGGGAGGUGCUCCGCCAGGGCAUCCGAGACAAGUAUGGGAUAAAGAAGCGUGAGGAGGCCGAGGCUGAGGCUCAGGGUGCGAUGGACGCGGCGAGUGAAGGCAGUCUGACUCGUCCGAAAAAAGCCGUGCCGUCCGGCUGUGGAGACGAAGACGAGGAGGAGGAGAGCAUCAUGGACACGGUGAUGAAAUAUCUACCAGGACCACUUCAGGACAUGCUGAGGAAAUAACACACGCACACAAAAAACACUUAAAAUACCACAGCACACAAACUCAGCUUUAGGUAAUUAAGAUUGUAUCACGCGCUUCCGCUUUCCAACAGCAGAGGGCGCAGUUCAGGCUACACUGCAGUAUCACCCUUCUCCUCUCACACAGGUCUGAUGUGUAAAUAGAUUUUCGGCUGCGUCCCAAACGCUAGUGUUCGGGACGGAGAAGGUUUUCGCAAUAUAAGCCAUAUUUUAUCUUAAAAAAAAAUAAAUAAAUAGCAGAACGCUGAGUCAUCAAAGAUGGAAAAGUGACCAGGCUACAGACGUGUGCAUGAAGUGUAGCCUGCUUUUACUCUUUUCUACUGUAGACCGUGGACGUGUCCCAAAUCGAGUUAUAAUCACUUCAUCUAUGCAUGUAUCUGUAAUAGUGUAGGGUUGUCUGUGCUUUAAAAACAAGCUCCUAUUACUGGUGCAAUGAUCAAAAUAAUAUCAAGAAGGCAAUAAAUUAUUAUUAUUAUUAUUAUUGUUAUUAUUAUGCAUUGUUGAAGACAAACAUACCAAAAAAAAAAAACUUUUAUCCUUUUUAUCUCAUCACAACAGCACACACAGACUUCAGGUGUAAGAAGCUAAAUAUCAAUAAUUUGUGUAAAACUGGACGAAUUUAUUUGCACUUUGUGUUUCUGGAAUCUUCUCAGCAGCAAUAAUCACGCCUUCUGUUUGCUUGGCUUUGUGAAAUCGGCGAAUAAACGAACCCGAGUGGAUAACGGAUGAGUUAGCGAUGGUGUGAACCGUGUCUGAAUAAACGAAUGCAAUAUAAUAAACUCUAAACGCUGCACUGUA